AUGAAGAGGUUGGGCCUCGCACCCGACGUCUACACCUAUAGCUCGGUGAUUGCCGCCUGCAAUAUGGCGUUGCAGUGGGAGUGGGCUGUGAACCUGUGGAACGAGAUGGAGAAGCAGGGCAUCGUGGCGACGGAGAUCGUGUUCAACAGUGUGGUGAACGUUUGCAGCCGCUGCGGUCAGCAGGCUUGGGUGGACUACCUCCUUGCGGAGAUGGAGCACAGAGGUCUGGUCAGGGACAUCGUUACAUACCGCUCUGCAAUUGCCCCGAUCUCGCGAAAGGAGGAGGUUUCGAACGAGGCGGAGGUUGCCGAGGUGACUGCUGAGCCCCAGGCGUCCGAACAGGUGGCCGAACCCGAGGAGGAGGAGUCUGUCCUCAACGGCGAUUCGGUCAAGACCUUCAUGAACAAGCUGGAGGGCGCUUCGAACCUCUUCGCCCAGGCGCUGUCGGAGGGUGCCUUCGCGCCCUGGGUGCGUGAUGGAAGGCUGCUGGACUUGCAUGGCAUGAGCACCGAAGUGGCCAAGGUGGCCGUCUACGCGGCCUUGCGUGGGGUGACUGACUUGCCUGAAGAUGACCUGGCCUUCUGCUGGGGUCUGAAGAUCAUCGUGGGCCGGGGGCUGCACAGCCGCGACGGGCAGGUGGUGCUGGAGCCGGCCAUUCGAGAGCUGCUCGAGGAGGUCUUCCAGCUCAGAGUGAGCAGCACGGUGGAUGGCACCUUUCGAGUGGUGCCGGAGGAUCUCUGGGCCAUUCGCAAGCAGGGGGCCUGGCCUCCAGACUGGCUGAAGCAGGGGGAAGAGCCUCCAAAGGCCAGGGGAAGGUGGAUGGUCCAAAUUCCCCGGGCCUCCGCACUGCCACUCCUCAGCCCAGCUGUCCAACCUGGCCAGGUGUGGCUCAAUCGCAAGGACACGCGCCCCCAGACUGUCAAGAAGUUAGGGCAGAAGCGCGUGCCGCGCAGGAGGAGAUCAAAAGAGCUCUUAGCUGGUGCGGGUCGGUAG